CUCCACAACAAACCGGUACAGCAAGUGGCAAUUGGCUUGGCUGGGGUUUUUUGAAACAUCCAGAUCAUUCUUUGGAUCAACGGAUAGAUGACGGACGAUCACUUUGUUUUGACUCAUCACCACUUCUUGAUGAUUUAGAAUUAUUCGGUUUUCCCAGUGUCCAACUAAGUUUAAGUUCAAAUCAACCGAAUGCUUUACUUUGUGUUCGUCUUUGUGCUAUUGAACCAGAAACUUGUGCUUCCAUUCUCGUCGCCCGAGGCAUUCUUAAUUUGACUCAUUUCAAUUCUCAUGAACAUCCGGAAGAACUGGAAAUCAAUAAAAUCUACAACAUUGAUGUAACUCUGUCUGGCGUAUGUGUUCGUCUCUCAGCUGGUUAUCGUCUCCGUCUGGCCGUAUCCACAGCGUAUUGGCCCUUUGUCUGGCCUUCUCCUCAGUCAGCUACAGUAACAAUUCAUUUGAAUCGGUCUUCUCCAUCUGUACUUAUCUUACCUCGUUUAGCUCAUAAAUGCUCUUCGAAACCUGACUUUGACUUGCCUGAAAUAGCUCCUGGUCUUAAAGUGAUCACAAUUCGUGACGAUUCCAUUAGUAGCAUUCGUACGUUUGAUGAAAUCAAUGAAAUAAGUACAUUAAAAAUCACUAAAGAUAAUGGUUGCAUUUUAUAUCCAGAUGGUCACCUAUUUGAUGAAACAUCAGAAUCGGUCUAUGAAAUCAAUGAAUAUGGACCACAAACAGCUCGGGUUCAAAUUCAAAGAAAUGCCAAGACUAUUCCCUAUCGAACUAUAUGCCGAUCAUAA